AUGUCAGAUUUCCAAGAAAUCCAAAAGAUGAACCCAAUUGUGGAUCAGCUCGUUGAUAUGGGAUUCGCUCCAGAGACGGCCAGCGCUGCGGCGGGAAAUAAUCGCAAUUUGAAUCAGGCUCUCAACUUCAUCGAAGUCGGUGGAGAAGGAUUCGAUGUUGAUGCUUCAGAAGCCACGUCAUCUGCUGCUGACGCCGCUUCGGCACUCAACAAUGCUCUUCCAGCAGUGGCCACUGGAUUCAAAUGCAACCUAUUCCUCCCCAAUGACGAGCUAAUGAUGGCUCAUGCCUCUGAAACCCAGCACUCCAAAUUCUCCCAAGCCAAUCCACCAAAACCACUAACAGAGGAGGAGAAAACUGCCAAAGCCAAAGAGAUCGUAGAAAAGAUUCGGUUGGCACAAGAGCUCAAGGAUCAGAAGACGCCCUUGGUAGAUCAAAAAUCGAUGGAUCACAAAGAAGGAAAGCGACAGAUGGAGGAGGAUCAAGAGGAGAAGGAUCGACGAAUGAAGGAGUACGCAGAGAUGAGACGUCGUCAGAAGGCAGAGGAUGACGUGGAUCGGAAGAAGAUUCUGGAGCAGAUUAAGCUGGAUGCAGAGGAGAGGAGACAAAGAAUGGGAAGGAUUGAGGUGGUGAAGAAGGAGGUUCCAGUAAUCCCAAAGGGUCCCGAGGAGGGGUGCACCAUGUUGCAAAUUCGAUUGGCGGGAGGGAAAGUGGUGAAGCAGGAGUUUAAACAGGAAGAGAAGCUCUCCACAGUUUACACCUGGAUUGAAACCAACCAUCCAGCAGCUCCUAAGUUCAGAAUGAUGACGCCAUUCCCACGAAAAGAGUUUGCAGAGGAAGAUAUGGAAAAAACGCUUCAAGAGCUCAAGCUCAUCCCGUCGGCCAAUAUUGUCGUCGUGAGUGUUGCACCGCCGUCAGUUGAAGCUCCAGAGACUCCAGAAUCCGAUGAGGACGAAUCCGAUAAGGUGAAUUCAGUUGAAGCGACAGAGAACGCUGAAUUCAAAUCUGAUUAA